UAUCGACACGCAUAAGUUUUACAAAAAUCUCUGACACUCAAUUUUGAUCAGUUUUUGACGAGGAGUCGAAUGGUAGUUGCAGUUUGCAUUUCUGACGAGCCAUUUUAAAUUUAUUAUUUUCGCUUCAACUCGGGGUGAAUUUUAGGAAACGGCCCACCAGAUAUACAAACUACAACUAUCAUUUGAUUCCUUAUCCAAAACUAAACCAAAUUGAGUGUCAGAGAUUUUUAUAAAAUUUAUUCCUAUCGAUAUGUCGGCUGAAAUUUACAAAAAAGCGCAAAAGUGAUUUACUCCUACACUGUGAAUACACAGCUCGCAUUCGGAAUAAAUCGAUUUCAAGACAGACGCAGUGCAGACUAGUUCGACGGAAUUUGUUUUUUUUUUUACUUCUUUUGCUGCUGUUGAAAUUCUUGAAAAAUUCUGUAAAAAAAUUAAGAAGAAAAAAAUGGAACACCAGUGUGAGAAGCUGUGUUAGUUGAAGUGCACUUGUUGCGAAAGUAUUCACACUGGCAAAGAGUGGAGCACGGUUAUGUUGUCGCUUCAAGCUUAAGAUAUUUAAAUAUGUGUCCAAAGUCGAUCGGAAGCGAGACAACGAAUGUGCGAAUGUCGUCAAUAAAAACUGGCUAUUUGAAUGUUGAUUAAUCGAAGGUCAUUAGUGAAGCGGUCACUAAUUUGUUUACUAUAUGCUCCAGUGGAUUCCGUCAUCAGAGAAACAAAAACGGAAAUGAAAUACAAAACAAAAUUAGCCCUUUGCAAUUAAAAAUGAUCGCAUCGAAUUGUUCCUAUGCGAUUGUUGCUCACGCCGCAAAAAAAUCCCAACCAGAAUGUUAAAAACCGAAAAUUAAAUCUUGCGUUGAACAUGGAAUGACGUGAAAACCGUCAGAUGAAAUCACGUAGACUUUUUCAUUUCCACAAUAAGAAUGAGUAAGCGAACAAUCGCAUAUCAGAACUCGUGAUUUGAACAUAAAAACGCCGACCGACAGUAGUACGCAAUAAUAAACAGUCGUGCCAAUACAAACUACCGAAUACUGAGAAUAGUGAUGAGAGAGAGAGAAAAAAAAACGAAAACGUCAUUAACAACAAAGAGACACAUCAGUCAAUUCGAACAUAUGAUAGCCAGAUUUACAACGACGUACGAAAGCGAUUAAGUGAUCGGUCGGUCGGUCGGUCGGUCAGUGUGUGUGUACCCAUAAGUCAAACUGUUUUAUGUACAUAUUGACAAUAAGAUAGACAGACAGACAAAAUUGAGCGAACGAAGUAGCGCGCGCGCUCUCUCGCUCAACACUCUCAAAUGUGUAUGUGACGGUGUAUUGUUUGAAAUUUCGAAUGUUAUCGUGUAUGCUCUUUCCCUCUCUACACAUUUGUUUUGCUCUCUUUCCUGCAUGUAUUUAUAGUCCAUGAUUUCUGGUUUGCUUGGUUUUGUGUAGUUUCGCGACAGUUGCUCGCUGACAGCAAAUCGAGUAAAGUUCACAAUUUUUUUUUUCGUGUUUUUAUUUUCGUUUCAAAUAUUUUUUCGAAAUAAAAGUUUUUGUUUCUUGAUUUUUUUUUCAUUCGAAUUUUGCGAUUUGUUUUAUUGCAAAUAACGACAACAGUGAAAUUAUAAACUUCCAUUUAAAAUGUGUAAAAAUCUGUGAAAUUGUCUAGUUUUCGUACAGAAACGAUUCGUUUUUUCGUUACUCAUACACAAAACGUUGAACAUUAAAAUUAAAUUGAUCGAAAUCGUGUAAAAAAAAACAAAACAACAACAACCAUUGAAACACAGGGAUAGAGAGACCACUGCAAAUAUGGCAGUAAUUACAGUGAACGUUAGUAAUUUGUGUAUAUUUGGCUUGUUAAUGUUAAGUGUAAUGGCAAAUGUAAUGGAACUGACACCGUUGUGUGGCACUAUGGAUGGUUCGCCCCCAAAAGAUAGCGAUAAAAUUUAUUUCAAAGAUAAAAAUCAACGAAUACGAACGAUCGAAGUGAAUGGAACUAUCUUUGCCUGUUAUCCAGAUGGAACAAUGGUCGAACCAAAUUCAUCGUCUUCGGCUGAAAAUAGUGACGAAAGGACUAUUAACGGGUCACAACUCAACGAUCGCAUACAUGAUGUUUUCUCGUUUUCGAAUUCAAUAGAUGAACGAAACCUGACCCAACGAGACGUAUCAAUCACAAGAUACAUUGCAAACCUGAGUCGAUGCGCCACUAACAAUCAAACAUUCUGUACCACAGAUGCAACCUAUCCGCUGGGUGUUAUUGAAAAGUUAUUGCGGAAGCAUUUGCAUAAAUUUGCCGACGUUUUCGGCACCGAUAUGAUUUCGAGUGAUAUUAUUAAUCGAAGUGAUGCCUUUGACGAAAUCACACUAUGCGAUUCGUUUGAGCAAGUCAUUUAUCCGACCAGUGGAAAAAAUAAAAACGGCGAAGAAUUGUACAUUUUCAAUACGCCGGAGCACAAGCAAGGCAUUCGUGUGUCAAUGUGCCGAAACAAAGGUGCAGCAUGCAGAAUGACUGAAAACUUCCCCAAUGGAUAUCGCACCGAAUGCAAACAGCAUUUUGUCUAUCGCGAACUGCUAAGUUUGUCUCCAGAAGGUGUUCCAAUUAAAGAAAAAUUCGAAUUUCCAGCGUGUUGCAGUUGCGCGGUUUAUAGAGGUUAGACUUGAGUAAACCGAGUGACAAAGAAACAAAAUUGUGCAAGAGAAAAAUGUUGUGAAUAAAAAAAAAACAAAACUUGUGUAAACUUUAAAUCUUCAUUUGGAAGUAAAAUCAAGUUACAUAUCAAAACUUUAUUUUAAGACAAGUUUUAUUUCGAUUCAAACGAAGAAUUGAAUAUUGUUCAAGAAUAAAGUUUUUUUUUUCUAUGAAUUUGAUUAUAAAAGACGAAUCAAACCAAAACUUGAAUCUAUAAAAUGAUUGAAAAGUAAAUUUGAAUAAGAAACGAUCACAAACUCGUCAAUUAAUCGCUUUAGUUCUGGGAAGAAGAAAGAAAGAACAACGUUCUAAUGUCUCUGGAAAUUCAAUUAUUCUGAAGUGUUCCUGUAGAUUAGUGUUGUAUACAUAGCAUAACACAUUGUUUUAUAUAAUAAGGCGUACAUUUACACGUUUAAAUUUCAAGUUCUAAUCACGUGUUGGUUCUAGAAAUAACGUUGAUAAAAUAUUUAAUUAGUUUUUUGCCAUCGUAUGCUUUGUCAAGAUAAUUCAUACGAGUCAAACGAAAAAAAAAACAUUAAAUGAAUGCAUUCGGAAGUGAUCAAGUUUUUUUUUUGAAAUAUCAUCGAUGAAUAUUGUUAAUAGUUAAUUCUGUUUAAUGAAUGAUUAGAACAUCAAAUCGUUCCCAUUUUUCAAUAUUGAUUAACUAAUUAAAAUAAUUUUUUCUCUUCUAUUCCGAUGAAAACGUGUUAUAGUCUAGUGCCAAUAAAAACGUGUACAUAAUUUAUGAAAUACAUCUAGCUACUAUAUUAUUAGCGUGAAUAUAAUCAUCUAGACAUGUAUGUAUACUACUGUAUAGCAAAUAGGUUACCUUAAUUCAUGUUAUGUGUUUGAUUUUAAAUUCAUAAAUAAACGAAAGAAGAAAAAAAAACUACACACCAAGAGAGAGAAAAUAUGUGUAGCGAGUAUCAAAA